CUCUGCAGAAACUGGACCGCUGUGCAGCAACUAAACCGCUCAUUUACGGUUCUCGCCAACAGCCAUGCCCUAGGCUCAUCCCUGACCUCCGUCUUAGGGACGCAACUGAGAUUGCGACCUUUAACCUCAUCUCCUUAUUCCCGCAUUUAAAUCUAUUUUUUGCUUUCGUGCGUGCAGCAGCAAACCCUAAUGUGACAUUCCUGCGCUUGCUUCCACUCAAAAAGAAUAUCAAAGGAGAAAGAGAUCGAAUCCGGUGACAUAAUCGCCUAUAUUCAACGGCAAUGACGGCAUGGGCUUUCAAUCCAACGGAAAUCAUUCCACUGUGGCAUACAGCUCCCGUGUCGAGCGUGCGUGCCGUUGAUUCUGGGACCUACCACCAGCCCUAAGCGAUUUCAUAUAUAGGUACAUUCCCUGCCCGCCGUUCAUUCUGGCUUCAAAAGAAAUGGCGAGUUCGCCGGCGGAUAUCGACGGCGAGAUGACGCCAUUGCAGAAGCACGCGUCGUUCUUUGAUCGGAAUAAGGACGGCGUGAUUUACCCAUGGGAGACCUUUCGAGGGUUUCGGGCGAUUGGAGGUGGUGUGGGACAAUCUAUAGUUGCCGCUGUUUUCAUCAACGGCUUGCUGGCCCCCAAGACUCGUACAGGAAAAUUUCUUUCUCCUCUCUUGCCAAUCUACGUGAAGAAUAUUAGUAAAGGCAAGCAUGGUAGUGAUAGCGGUGCCUAUGAUGCACAAGGAAGAUUUGUACCUGAAAAGUUUGAGGAGAUAUUUCAAAAGCAUGCUCAUACCAACACAAAUGCAUUGACUUCUGAUGAAUUGAAGGAAAUGCUUCUAUCUAACAGAGUUCCUAAAGAUUACAUGGGAUGGCUUGGCGCCUCUGCUGAGUGGAAGGCCUUGUUUUCCCUCUGCAAGGAUGAUAAUGGUUUGCUUCCAAAGGAAACUGUAAGGGCUGCUUAUGAUGGAAGUCUGUUCUUCAAGAUGGAGGAGGAGAUAUCAUCUUCAAAGAGGAAGGCAUGAUCAUGUAAUGUGAAAAAUAAAAAAUUUAUAAGCAUUUAUUUGAAAAAAAAUAAAAUAA